GAAAGAUAGAUAUAUAACCAAAGAACUAAAAAAGAAGAACAAAGUCUCGUCUCUUCCAAAAAAUGGCAAUUAGGGCUUCACACUACAAGCAUCUCCUCCUGGCACUUGUUCUCAUACUCUUCAUUUCUUGUCCAACUCAAGCACGAAGCUUACGAGAAAUUGUGAGGAAUAAUAGAACGCUAUUGGUUGUGGAGAAGGCUCAAGAGAGUCGGAAGCUAAAGCACGAAGGUGGUGGUGGUGGAAGUGAUAUCGAUGGAUUGGUGGAUAUGGACUAUAAUUCUGCCAACAAGAAAAGACCGAUACACAAUCGCUAAAUAACACACAAAUAUGCGUCUAUCGAAUUCUUGUGAGAUAUCCGGACCGAUCCAAAGAUAUCCCGAGAUUCUAUCUUUAAUUAAGAAGUGAGAAUUGUAUUUUAUAUUAAAAAAAAAAAAGAAGAAGUGAGAAUGUAAACUAUUAUCACGAUAUGAAAAAUAUAAAAAUACAUGAUCGAGUUUGUAUUUUAUGCGUAUAUGUGUACAGCCUUAUCUCGAGAGAACAAUAUUUUGAUUUUCGUUAAAAAUCAUAAAAUCGUAGUUUGUGUGUGUGUGUGUGUGUGUGUUGUG